AACGCGCUGCAAUAACUUGUACAAGAAGACAGAAUUCUGACCGUAAUGGCAAGUCCUCAGUUUCUCUCCGGCGACAAGGCCGCCAUCGACGGCUUCCUGGACAGAUUUGACGUCUUCCUCUUUGACUGCGAUGGCGUUCUCUGGUCCGGCGAUCAUUUGUUUGACAAGGUUCCCGAGACACUUGAGAUGCUAAGGAGUAAAGGCAAGCAGCUCGUCUUCGUUACCAACAACAGCACAAAGUCGCGUGCCGACUACAAAAAGAAGUUUGAUAAACUGGGAAUACCCGCCAAUGUGGACGAAGUCUUUGGUUCGUCCUAUAGUGCUGCCGUAUACAUUGCCCGCAUUCUGAAGUUGCCCGGUCCGAAGAACAAAGUGUUUGUGUUAGGCGAGUCUGGCGUGGAACAGGAGCUCGAAUCUGAAGGCGUCCCCUACAUUGGUGGUACAGACCCGGCAUACCGUCGCGAUAUCCGCCAGCCAGAAGAUUUCGAUGCCAUUGCGAACGGCACCCUUCUUGAUCCAGACGUUGGUAUCGUGCUCAGUGGGCUAGACUUUCACUCCAACUACCUGAAGACCGCAAUCGCCUUUCAGUACCUACAGCGUGGGGCUAUUUACCUUGCUACAAACAUUGAUAGCACGCUCCCAAUGUCGCACACUCUGUUCCCAGGUGCAGGCUCUUCUGGUGCUGCGCUUGAGAGGGCGAUUGGAAGGGCACCACUUUCUCUGGGUAAGCCGAGCCAGGCUAUGAUGGAUGCUGUAGAAGGCAAAUUCAAAUUCGAUCGCAGUAGAACUUGUAUGAUAGGAGACAGACUGAACACCGACAUUCAGUUUGGCAUAGACGGCAAGUUGGGAGGUACGCUGGCUGUGCUGACCGGUGUCAGCAAGAAGGAAGACUUCCUAGCUGAGGGAGCGCCGACAGUUCCCACGGCAUACGUCAACGCUUUGGGCGACUUGCUGGGCUGAGUGGUGUGCCGACAGCAAGCGUGCAUCGGGACGUUGAUGUAUCGCGCAUAGAGUUGGAAUGGAAUGAACAUAGACUUGAUAGAACCGAUACAAUUCGCUACUUA